CGUCAACUCAGACUCCAACCACCGACGACGACUCGGUUCACGCGCCAAAGCGGCUGAUACGACGAGAACGACAUCUAUAGAAUGGAUUUGACGGCUACAGAAGACAUUUUGCGCAAUCCUGCUGCGCUGCACUCCCUAAAGCGUGACCAGCUGAUCCGUCUUUGCAAGAUUCACGGUGUGAAAGCCUCAGGGAAAAAUGUGGACAUUGCUGAACGGCUCGCGAAGCUCCCACUACAAACUACACGACCAGAACUACAACCACAUCUCGUUACGAUCAAGGAAGACACCGUUACUAGCGCCGGCACCACUAAAACAGGAAGCGACUUUGGGAGCGUCAAAUCAUCAUUAUCAUUAAAAUCUAUUGUAUCUUCCUUCGGUUUCACUUCGCGCAAAACCACCUCUACUCCGCCUACGUCAAUAUCCACUACCGCCACCUCUUUGCCAUCUACAGUGUCAUCACAAGUUUCUUUUGCAGCGAGCAUUCCUCUGCCCCCAUCUCCACCACCUCCGCUCAUUACUCCGUUCACCCCACCUCCUAACGUCGAUACAGUGCGUCUGGUGUCUGCUCCCCGUCCGAGUGUGGGUGGCACACCAAUGUUACCAGCUUUCAAGACGACUUUCGACCUGGUGCUGGGCACUCCUGCGAAGUUCGGAGAUUCCUCUGCGAGGGUAGCCAGGCACGUGAUGGUCACUGAAACUGAAAAAGACGACAAAGAGAAGAAAGAAGAUAUUGAGAAGAAUGAGGCUGCAGAAGUAGAAAAGGAACUGGUCGAAGCUCUGAAGAAGGGGGACUACGAAGAGAACGUUCCGGAACGAAAUGAUCUUGAAGUUGCAAUUCCUCAGACUCCUUCUCGAUCCAAGCUCCCGAUGCCUGGCCCUGCAUUUACUUUUGGCUCGCCUGCUCCACAUGUCUUCCGCCCUCGAUUGAGUUCGAAUGUGAAGGCAAGUGUGUUUGAAGAGAUGAUGCGGAGAGCCGCAGGGGAGUCGGGCACAGUCGAUGACACAUUCGUUGUCGUCGAUGAACCCGCUACGCCAACAGACCCGAACAGGCCUAUUCGACCUCUUCCCAAAAAGUCUCUACGCGUAUCUGGUCCACCGCCUCCGCUCGCUCUCAAGUCUCCUGCUACCACAGUAUCUUCACGGUUUGACAAAGCCCAUGAAGCUGCGUUCAAAAAGAUGGCUGGGAUUAAUGAGCCUCGUGGCGUGGUAACGAAGCGGAAGAUCGAAGCCAAUCCUAGCAUCGAUGACCGCAGAGUAAGCACCAAGCUUGCGCCGAAAGCCGUCGCUGGGAGACCCGGUGUUAUUGGUGCCAACGGUGUGAGAAGGACUAGUGGUAUACAGGGGCGCAGGAGGAGCAGUGUUCGUCCUCGAACAAGUGCAGUAGGUGGGCGAAGAAUUAGUAUCAGACCACCACCUCCACCUCCGUCGAGGAAGGGAUUCAACUUUGGAUUCUCAAAUUUGAAGGGUUUGUUCUUCGGGAAGAAAAAAGAGGAACCAGAAGGCGAUGGGAAACCUGCCGCUCCCGGACCCAUUCCAAAUAUCGCCGUUAAGAAGAAGGAACCGGAGAAGGGGAAGAAACCAGGUUUGACGGGUUUGGGUUUGGGCAAAGUCUCAGCGACCACGGCUACGACUCAAAGUAUUGCGAUGGCUGCACCGUCUCGCAAAGUUUCUGCACCUAUGAACUCAAAUGAUUCAUUCGUCGCUAUCAACGGAAAGGUCUCUGCUCCUUCUACUUCUUCCAUUCCAUCUACCAGGGCGAUGGGUCCUCCUACUACCACGACCCAGAGAAAAGUGUCCAUGAACACAACAUCCAAGAGGCAGUUUAUCAUCUACUACAAGGGGUUCCAUUUCAAGUACAACCGUUCGAGCUCCUGCAUCGACGAGAAACUCGUCGUUGUCUUCGGCAGCGCGGACUUCCACAGCGCCAACGUCUUCCAUAAACUCUACAGUCCGGACAACUUCCAUAUCUUCUGGUACACGCCUAUCUUCUGUGGCUGCCAAUACCCGGAGCUCUACAGCCAGGGGAUCGCUCAGUUCGACCACUGCUCUGGCACCGACGUCUACGCGGAAUUCAUCGAUUGCUUCGGGGAACCGUGGUUCUAUUGGGCGCCCCUACAUGACUUCGACGCGUCCCUUGCGACCAUCUGCUGCCAGUGUAUCAAGGCAGAUAAAACCCACCUUGGGGCGUGGGGAGAAGGAGAACGUUCCAUUGAGGGGUGUUCCGGAGAAAGCUGAGCCGAAUUUGCAGGAUGAAGAACAAGGCAUAGUCCCCAAGAAGAUAUUCAGCCAGCCUUUGAGUGUGCCUUCCGAGCCUUCGAAUGGUACGU